UAAAAUAUUUUAAUUGAUUUUAAUAUUUUGUUUCAUUAAAAAAGAAAAAAAAUACUCUCUCUCUCUCUCUGUCUUGUACACAUACGUGAGACGCUUCUGACAAAUGCAGAAACCCCCACCGACGCAAACCACAGAAUUGUCUGAAGAUCGAGUCAGGCUUUGAUUUCAACUUUGUUGAGCUAACAUUACCAAUGAAUUUGUAAAUUUGGUGGGUCUUCAACUACGUCGAAGUCUGUGCUUCUCUGACGUUGUUCAAUGCCUGGGUUAUGAGUAAUGGGAAAAGGGUCAUGCUAAUUCAGUUCUGAUGAACACUUUGGAGUUGGGUUAGACUUAAGAGGUUGAACCAGUUGAUAAUGGGUUUGAAGUAUAUAGCAAUCUCGUCAGUAUGGACGGUAUUAAGCUUCGUAGGACUCCAGUUGUGGACAGAAUCCUCGUUAGUUAAACUAAAAUCAGAUGGAUUAAUUCGUGAGGCUGUUAUCGAUGCCGGGAAUGUUGGACAUGUUGUGGAUUUGCUUCUGGGAUCUUAUGGGACUGUUGCACUAAUUGCAAAUUUUGUGCUCAAUGUAUUCAUUUUACUCGUUCUCUUUCUUAAGACUAUAUUCUUUGUGGAGUUGUAUCCUUCUGAAACUCGGAAGUUGGUGGAACGUCUUAUCAAUUAUGUUAUAUAUAAGGGAACAUUUUUGCCACUAGUUGUUCCACCCACAAUAUAUCAUGCAGGCCUGUGGUCAAUUUGGUUGACUGUUCUUUGUUGUUUAAAGAUGUUUCAAGCUUUGGCUAGAGACCGACUUGAACGACUUAAUGCAUCUCCUUCUGCUACACCAUGGACAUAUUUUCGUGUCUAUUCAGUAUUGCUGUUGGUCUUCUUUGUUGAUAUACUCUGGAUACAGUUGUGUCUGGUAAUAUACCAAGCGGUGAGCGUACCUGUCUUCCUUUUGUUGUUGUAUGAACCUUUCAGUAUUAUGUUUGAGACACUCCAGGCUAUUUUGGUGCAUGGAUUUCAGUUGCUUGAUAUUUGGUUCCAUCAUUCAGCAUGGAGCAGCUCAAAUUGUGGAAGAUUUAAACUUUUUGAUGUAUCAGCAGCAGCAGGUUCAUUGUUGGAAUGGAAAGGCAUUCUUACAAGGAAUGUGGGUUUUUUCCUGGAUAUGGCAACGAUGUUGAUGGCACUUGGUCAUUAUGUGCACAUAUGGCGGCUACAUGGCAUGGCAUUCAAUCUGGUGGAUGCUGUCCUUUUCCUGAACAUACGUGCCUUACUAAGUGCAAUAUUUAAGCGUGUAAAAGGAUAUAUGAAGUUGAGAAAAGCUUUAGGUGCUCUUCAUGCAGCACUUCCAGAUGCAACAUCUGAAGAGUUAAGAGCAUACGAUGAUGAAUGUGCCAUUUGUAGGGAACCUAUGGCAAAAGCAAAGAGGCUCAAUUGCAACCACCUUUUUCAUCUUUCAUGCUUGAGAUCUUGGUUGGAUCAGGGUUUAAACGAGAUUUAUUCAUGCCCAACUUGUCGAAAGCCACUUUUUGUAAGUAGAACUGAAAAUGAGGCAAAUCCACCUGAUGGAGAAGUUUUGAGUGAUGAGCAAGUUGCUCGUCAAAUAAGUGCAGGACUUGAUCGGCAGAAUACUUUCGGAAACACCCUGCCUGCAGGAGUAUUCCCUAACCAAACACAGCAAUCUACAGAGGGCAGUCCUUGGAGGAGUGCAGGAUUAGAUUCAAGUUGGUUGCAUACUUGGCCAAGCCAAGGAGUUGAUGGAGCUGGUCCAUCUACAGCUAUGAGAUCAGUUGGACUGGGGAGAGUUCAGAUGAUGAUGAGGCAUCUUGCAUCUGUAGGUGAAACGUAUGCUCAGACUGCUCUUGAAGAUACUGCCUGGAGCCUAUGGCCUAUGAAUGCCGCUCAGGAUGCUACGGCUGGUCUACCUAUUCCUCCUGCUCCUGGUGGAAGAUACCCUGGAGGAACAGGUGGUUUACAUAUGAGGACUGUCUCACGCCCUGCAAAUGACAACAUGGCAAACAUACUUGCCAUGGCAGAAACGGUGCGUGAGGUUUUACCUCACGUCCCAGAUGAAUUAAUUUUUGAGGAUUUGCAGCGAACAAAUUCCGUUACAGUUACUGUGAAUAAUCUUCUCCAAAUGUGAUCAGGCAUCUGUUUUCUUCUGCUAGUAAUGUGUUUUAGAAGUUGGCAAAUACUACUUUAGGUUGUUUAAUUAUCGCAGGCCUCUUGUCUCUUCCAAUUAUCUCCCUUUUUGUUUUUUUUUUUUUUUUUUUUUGACUCUUCUUCUGUUUGACCUCCUCACAUUCAUAAGCGUCGUUACUGUAUAUAGACGCAACACAUUGAAUAACUUGUACUAAACGGAAGAAGGAAAGAAGCACAGUCAUGUUUUGCACAACUUGUACUAAACGGAAGAAGGGAAGAAGCAGAGUCAUAGUUCUUCUGUGUCUCUUCCCCUUUCCCCAGCAAUGUCAAAAAUAAAUCUGCCAUGUAUGAUUUACACAUGUAUAGGUUUGUAAUUCUGCGAUGGGGUUCUGAUUGGCCACCUUGUUUGAUUUUCCAUAUCAGCAGCUUACCUAUGGUUCUCUCAUUUAA